CUGGGACUGAAAUAGAAAGUGCGCUCGUUCCCGCGAAACGCGGUGGCGACAACGGUGGUCCAUGGAGCUUGAAGAGGAGCAUGCCAAGGUCUUGCAGAAGCGAGACGGCUGGGUCCAAGAGGUCUCGCACACCGGUGUCAUACAAUACCGACACGAAGAGAGCGGGCACUGCCAGGCGCACCCGCCCGACGACUGGACGAACCUGCCGCUCGACGCGGACACGACGCUGCCACCGAUUGACGACCUUGUGUCGAGUCGACGACGCCUCAGCGAAGAUGAGCAGCCAAUUCCAGAGCUUCGCAACCUCCCGCUCGCAUGCGCUAUGAGCGAGAAAGAGAAACACAUCAAAUUCGAGGCGCUCCGGCGGCAGAGCCAAUCCAUGACCACCGACUACAUCUCGGACGUUGAGCGCUACAAUAGCGCCAAGCCGUUCUCGCGCCGGCCCGAUAAGACGUUCGAUCCCGAGGCGCGCUGCAUUAUGUGCAAGACGCACAAGAUCCACAUGGUCUUCUUCCCCUGUGAACACAAGUGCGUCUGCAACAAGUGCUUGGAGUACCACCCGCCCGUGACCAAGAUCGCUGGAAAAGGUGCCCACUGGCCGCACGCGUGCCCUGUCUGCUAUCGCGAUGUGACUAUCAUGUUUGAAAACACGGGGUUCGAGGUUGACCACUACUGGAAGCUGGACGAGGUUCCGCAUCUGUCCAACUCGUUCGUGACGACAUUCAAACGGGCAGGCAGUCGCCUCCAUACGACGCCCAACAUGGUCUUUCCCGCACUCGACGAGCUCUGCGCCCACGAAGACCCGACGACGACGAAUCGGCCAAACGAACCGGGCAGCAGUCACGUGGCCACAACUGCGCGACGGGCUCCACCGCGCCUGAGAGAAAAAACCAAGACGUGUUGCGUCAUGUAGGAGUCCCAGUCCGCUCGAGUCGCCGUAAGGUCAAGUCAACCACCUAUUUAUUGAAUCACAC